UGUUCAUGUACUGCUGGUACGGGAACGAGCUGCUCGAGCAGAGCGACGCGCUGCGGCUGUCAGCCUACAGCUGCGCCUGGCCGGGGGCUGGCGGCCGCUUCCAGCGCUCCCUGUGCAUCGUGAUGGCGCGCGUCCAGAGGCCCCUCUGCCUCACCGCCGCCAAGCUCUACAAGAUCUCCCGACAGACCUUCCUCGUGCUGCUGAAGGGCUCCUACACGUACUUCGCUCUCCUGCACCAGAUGAACGACCGCCAGCAUAUAUCUUAGCCCCACC